AAAAAAUAGAGGUGAGAGGAUUGUGGAUUGUACGUGGAAAUCUGGAUCUACAAACGGAAAUGGAUUAAUUCCCGCUAUCUAAAAGUGGAUUAUAAACACACAGCAUUCAAAGAAUGAGGAUGCCAGAGACAGGAAGUUAGAACCCUCCACCAGAGAGAGUGUGUUCCAGGGCUGGAGCUGGACCCAGAGACCCCUGUCUGGGGGGGGGUAAAGGGCUCUCACAGUCCUGUGUGAGUCUGGACAAUGGGGGAUGGAGGUGCUGGUGCAACCGGGGGAGAUAGGGUGAACCGGUCCCAUGUCCUAUUUGACAGCUUCGUCCAGGCGUCAACGUGCAAGGGCACGCUCAAGGCCUUCCAGGAGCUGUGUGACUACCUGGAAGUCAAGCCCACCGAGUGCAGGGUCUUCUAUCACAAGCUCAAGUCCAAACUCAACUACUGGAAGGCCAAGGCACUCUGGGCCAAGUUAGACAAGAGGGCAGGCCAUAAGGAGUACAAGAAGGGCCGUGCCUGCACCAACUCAAAGUGUCUGAUCAUCGGUGCAGGACCAUGCGGCUUACGUACAGCCAUCGAGCUUGCUUUCCUGGGAGCCAAAGUGGUAUUGUUAGAGAAGAGAGAUGCCUUCUCUAGGAACAAUGUACUUCACCUCUGGCCCUUCACCAUCCAGGACCUCAGGGGCCUCGGGGCCAAGAAGUUCUAUGGAAAGUUCUGCGCUGGUGCUAUCGAUCAUAUCAGUAUUCGUCAACUUCAGCUAAUGCUGCUCAAAGUUGCCCUCCUCCUGGGCAUUGAAAUCCACGUCAACGUAGAGUUUAAAGGUCUUAUCGAACCUCCCGAAGAUCAAGAAACUGAAAGGAUAGGCUGGAGGGCUGAGAUCCACCCUAAGACACACCCUGUCAGCGAGUUGGAGUUUGAUGUCAUCGUUGGCGCUGAUGGAAGGAGAAAUACGCUACCAGGGUUUCGACGUAAGGAGUUCCGGGGCAAGCUCGCUAUCGCCAUCACGGCUAACUUCAUCAACAGGAACACAACGGCGGAGGCGAAGGUGGAGGAGAUCAGCGGGGUAGCUUUCAUCUUUAACCAGAAAUUCUUUCAGGAUCUCAGAGAAGCAACAGGUAUUGACCUGGAAAACAUCGUCUACUACAAGGAUGACACGCACUACUUUGUGAUGACUGCCAAAAAACAGAGCCUGCUGGAAAAAGGAGUCAUUCUGCAUGACUACGCCGACACUGAGCUGCUGUUGUCAAGGGCUAAUGUGGACCAGGUGGCCCUGUUGUCUUACGCCCGUGAGGCUGCUGAUUUCUCCACCAACCACCAGCUGCCCUCACUGGACUUUGCCAUCAACCACUACGGCCAGCCUGAUGUAGCCAUGUUCGACUUCACCUGCAUGUACGCCUCAGAGAACGCCGCCAUGGUGCGCCAGCGCAAUGGCCACAACCUGCUGGUGGCGCUGGUAGGAGACAGCCUGUUGGAGCCCUUCUGGCCCAUGGGCACCGGCAUCGCUCGUGGUUUCUUGGCAGCCAUGGACUCCGGCUGGAUGGUGAAGAGCUGGGCUCAGGGAAAAACCCCUCUUGAGGUGCUGGCUGAGAGGGAGAGCAUAUAUCGUCUACUGCCCCAGACCACACCGGAAAAUGUCAGUAAGAACUUCAGUCACUACAGUGUGGAUCCCACCACACGUUACCCCAACAUUAGCCUUAACUUCCUCAAACCCAGCCAGGUACGGCACCUCAUUGACACAGGGGAGUCGAGAGAAAUGCGCAUUGAAAUCGAGAAUGUGAUCAACUCAUCAACACCCAAGUUGGCCAGGAAUGAAUCCAUAGCUCGAUCCAGUAAGCUGCUCAGCUGGUGUCAGAGACAAACGGAGGGAUACAGGAACGUUAACGUAAGAGACCUCACCAUGUCUUGGAAGAGCGGACUGGCCCUGUGCGCCCUCAUUCACCGAUACAGACCGGAUCUCAUCGACUUUGACUCACUGGAUGAGCGAGACCAAGAGAAGAACAACCAGUUGGGUUUUGACGUGGCGGAGAGGGAAUUUGGCAUCUCGCCCUGCAUGACUGGCAAGGAGAUGUCCUCUGUGGUGGAGCCAGACAAACUUUCUAUGGUCAUGUACCUCAGCCAGUUCUAUGAGAUGUUUAAGGACACAGUGCCACCUGGAGAUAACCACAAUUUAAGUCCUGAGGAGAAGGCAGCACUGAUAUCCAGCACCAAAUCUCCCAUCUCCUUCCUCAGCAAGCUUGGUCAGAGCAUAGCAAUCUCAAGGAAACGUAACCCCAAGGACAAAAAAGAGAAGGACGUGGAUGGUUUGGGGAAGAGAAGGAAAACCAGCCAGUCUGAAGAUGAGGAAGUGUCCAAGAUGGGUCGUGACGACAGGCCGUCCGUCCAACCUGUCUUGUUGGAGAGGAAGAUGGAUUGCGCCGCCGUGGGGAACAACAACAAAGUCAAGGUCAUGGCCACCCAGCUGCUUGCCAAAUUUGAGGAGAACGCCCCAGCGCAACACACAGGACUGAAAAGACAGGGGGAAUCUCUGCCCAAUCUGGACCGCCUUUUGCCCCCUUCCCCGCCCAUAACCCCUGUGAAUGAGCCAGUGUUCCUGGCUCCUGUCCCAGCAUGGAGAAAGGCCAGAAGUGGCGCAGACCAACUGUCCAGCUCAGGUUCUCGGAGCUGCCCAAAGAAAACCAUUCUGCUUCCUUCCUCCUCCUCCACUUCCUCGCUCUGUCUUCACUCAGAGCAUUUGGGUAACAGUCCGGAGGAAGAGGAGCUUCAAUGCUAUGAGACGCCUCUGAAAUAUGGGGAGUGGAAGCCGCUGCACCUGAUAGACCCAGGACCCAUUCAUAUACCUGGUAUACAGGAGAGGGCUGAACGCCUGAUCUCUAGGUUUAAAGGCAGACCUGACAAGCCACCAAAGCCUAAGAAAAAGCCGUCCCGUUUCUUUUUAGAGCAGUGGCACUUGUCCGGAGGUCUGGCUGAGAGUCGAGGCUCACCACUUUCCUCUCCUGACUCUUGCAGAAAGGAUCAAGUAAGGCCCCUGCAUUCAGAUGACCCAGUGCCCUUAUAUGUACUUAGUAUUCAGGAAAGGGCUGAGCAACUUGCCUCCCAAUUUGAGGGCAGGCCAGCUGGACCACAGCCUAAGAAAAAACCCUCACGUUUCUUUAUGGAACAAUGGCACCAGGCCCGAGCCCAGUGUCCCCCUGAUUCUCCCACUUCCUCCUCUGACACCAUGAGACAGCGCUAUGUAAGGAUGUACACAGGGGGAGUUAGCUCAUUGGCUGAGCAGAUAGCCACUCAGCUUCAAUCUCAGGAAGAGCCCAAGCCUCUGCCUGAUAAGAAGGAUUUGGGUUCUCUCCGAAAAGAGUUCCCCGUCAACAUUGGGGGCAGCGACGUUUGCUUUUUCUGUCGAAAGCGAGUGUACGUCAUGGAGAGGCUGAGCGCAGAGGGGAAGUUCUUUCAUCGCAGCUGCUUCAAGUGUGACUACUGCGGCACCACACUCCGUCUGUCCUCCUAUGCCUUCGAUGUGGAGGACGGGAAAUUUUACUGCAAGCCGCACUACUGUUACCGUCUGUCUGGAUAUGCUCAGAGAAAGAGGCCUGCUCCCUCCCCUGCUCCAAUCACAGCUAAGGAGAACCAAGCGCCCCAAAGUCCUGUGGUGACCGUGGAUGCCCCCGGGAGGGCGAUGGCAGCGGCAGCCCCCUCGGCCGAACACCAGCCUUCAGCACCGGAGGUCAACGGGCUGCAGGAGCCGAGCCUAGCUAAACGGCUACGGGGAACUCCUGAGCGCAUCGAGCUGGAGAACUACCGCCUGUCGCUGCAGAGGGAGGAAGAGCUGGAGGAGGUGCCGGAGGAGACGCUGGCAGAACACAACCUCAGCAGUGUGCUGGACAAGGCCACAGAAGCUGACCUGGGCUCUAGUAGCUCAGAGUCAGACAUGGAGGAGGAGGAUGAGCAGGAGGAUCAGGAGGAGGUGGAGGCGGAGGCGGAGGCGGAGGUGGAGGUGGAGCAGCAACCUCUCAGCCCCUCAGACCUGGGCGGUGUUCCCUGGAAGGAGGCGGUAGAACUCCACGCCAAACUGAGGGGCGACGACGCAGCCAGCAGAGACGGGGAAGCAGAUGAGGAGGACGAAGAGGAGGAGGAGGAAGACGGGGAUGAGGAUGAGGAUGAUGAGGAGUCAAGCGAUGAGGGGGAUUACUGCCCCUGGGACAGGGAGCUCCAGUCAGGCCUUUGGCUGGAGAAGUACCUAACAGAUGAAGAGGAUGUUGGUACAUUUAAAGCCAGGAACCUACAGAUUCAGCAAGUCCUGCAGCCUGUGGAUCCCCAGGCCAUUCCAGGGUUGGUGAGAACACACCUGGACUCUGAGACAGACAAGGAUGGUCAGCCAGCCUCAGCCUCCCAACCCUCCCACCCCUCUGAGUUCACGCAGCCCUCCUCCACAGCCCCCGCCCACACAUCCGCCCGACACGAGGCAGUGCGAGUCUGGUUGGAGUCAAUGUCUGGAGAGCCCUGUGAGGAUGACGACCUGGAAGAAGAAGCAGACAGUCCGGAUAUGGAGCCUUGUACAGAGGUGGAUCAGGAUGACAUCCCCUCAGAUGCAGAAGCUGAGGCUCGUUUGCACCAAUUAGAACCCGCUGAGGCUCUUCCUGAAGAAGACAAAAAAUCAGAAAGUCUGGGAAUGGCUUCAAGUAUUGAACCAUCAAGCUUCAGCCCGACACAGAAAGAAGAGGAUGUUGUUCUUUCUCCACUCAAACUAUCACCACAGCCUGAAACACAGGUAUCUCCAUCUCCUCCCUCCCAGGUGAAGUCUCCUAGCACUCGGUUUUUCCCAGAUCCUUUCCUUCCUGAGGCAACAACGCCUGAGAAGACAACUCUAUCUCCAGUCACCAAGAGCCCACCGUGUCUUUCACCUGCUCCUGGCCACAGUCCUUCUCCAGUCUCCUCUCCCACUCUUGCUGCCGAACCUGCCUCAUCUCCCCCCAGGUCACCCGUCAAAUCACCCGUCAUCUCUCCAGUCAAGACAGCCAUCGAGUCACCCGUCAGAUCCCCUGUCCAAUCACCGAUUGGUUCACCUAUCCGCUCCCAGCCCACCCCCCUACCAGAGACUUGCACACCUAAAUCUCCGGUCUACCCUCACCGCUCAAUUUGCCCUCUCACUGGCAAUCCCCUCUCCCCGAUCUGUACCCAGCCUUUAACCUGCCACGAACCCUCAUCACCCCUCAGCUCUGAUUCUCCCGUCAGAACUCAGCCUGUUCCCGCAGUCACUUCAACACCUAUGGCCAAAACAGACAAGGCCACACCUGAUUCCUCAAGGUCUGACAGCUCGUCAACAGAGGAAACUCCAUCUAAAAAGACGGAUAUCAUUGAGGAAUUUUGGUUAAAGAGCGCUGAGAUCAGAAAGAGCCUCGGUCUGACUCCUCUGGACCGCAGCAGUAAAAUCUUAGAGAAAAGUAUUGAUAAGGCUCCAACACAGGAACCCACCCCUGCCAAGACACAGCCUCCAAAUGUGUCUGAGGAACAGAAGCCUGCCGUCACUGGUCGCGCUGUCAUACGCAGACUCAACAUCACUCUUGAGGGUCAAGUCAUUACUCCUAUUGCUCCUCUAGAGCCUAAGAGUAAUGGCUCUGAAAGGAGGGAAAUCAGCAGCAGCUCUGGUUUGGGGUUAAACGGAAGCAUGGCCACAAGCCAAACAGCAAACAGUGACAGCUAUAGCACAUCUGACUCCACCAUGCUCACCCCACCCUCCAGUCCACCGCCGCCUGUGCCUGCUAAUCAGUCUCCUGCUAUACUCAGGCAGCAGAGACACCAGGUGUCCUGGAGCAAUGGAACAGAAAAACCUCCAUGCGAGCGUGCCAAAGAGCCAGCAAAAACUAAGACUCCUGUUCCCACGCCAAGGACGCAGCUGAGCCCGGUGUCUGUGCCCAAGCCUGCACCCAGGAAAGUCUCGUCACCACAAGCAGAUAUAGAAACAACUCCUCCGGUGGUUGUCAUGAGGGAGAAGAAGAAGGAGCCGCGGCCGGAGAACGCAAGGAAGUCGUUCGUGGAGACGGUGGAGGAGAUUCCGUUUGCUGAUGACGUGGAGGAGACGUACGAUGAGCGGACACCAGAAACGAGCAUGAACAAGUUCUACACUCCACCCACCAGCAAGCCCAGCAGGGAGAGACCUCCCAUGCACCUGGCCUUAGCAAUGGAGAACGGUAAACCCAAUAUUCCUGUCAACUCAGCCUCUAAGUCCCAGAGGGAGACUCAGUUCUCUCAAGAGGCCAAAGAGAUUGCUGAGGAGAGAAUCAGGGCCAGAGAAAAGUCUGUCAAAAGCCAGGCUCUGAAAGAUGCCAUGGCCAAGCAGCUAAAUAAAAUGAAAGAAUCUGACGUAGAUAAGGGUGCCUCACCUAAAGUGGCCUGGAGUGUAACCCCAGAUAUUACUGGAAAAACGAAAAAGUCAGUCGGAUCUCCAAAGACAUCAGCUGUGAAAGCUCUGGAGUCAAAGAAGGCAGAGAUCCUACCCGAGCGUUUCUUCAGCAGCAACAAGAGUCUGGACAGCUCUGUGGCGUCGUCUGACGGCUCCUCCUCGAGCAAGAGCAAGAAACGAAGUUCCCUCUUCUCGCCUCGCAAAAAUAAGAAAGAGAAAAAAGCCAAGAACGACAGCAGCAGGCUCUCCGGCACAGAUGAGACACCGCCUAAACACAAGUCACUGUGGAAGGCCGUCUUCUCAGGGUAUAAGAAGGACAAAAAGAAAAAGCAGGAUGAAAAAUCAUGUCCAAGCACGCCGUCCUCCAGUUCCACCACUCAGGACUCUGGGAAGAAGAGAACAUCGCCUCUUGGAAAGUCAUCAGACUUGAAGUCGCGUAGAAACCUGAGCUUUUCAGAGGAUUCAGACCUGUCAUGUGACGACAUUCUGGAGAGAUCGUCCCAGAAGUCGAAGGCAGAUACACAUACGGACAUCUUUGACCUAGUAUCAGGCAUGCAGAAGGAGGCAAUAAAGGAGGAGAAACUGGAAAAGCAGAGAAGGAGGGAGUUAAAGGAAAGAAAGAGGGUGAAAGAGAGACAUAAAGAAAGAGAACGGGAGAAAGAGGUUGAUCGAGAGAAGGAGAAAGGCAAUAAGGAGUCUGUUUAUGUCCCUCACGCACUGGCGUUCAAGAGAUCGUACGCCACAAAGAAAACCUACACAGAGGAAGAGCUGAAUGCCAAGCUGACACGAAGAGUCCAGAAAGCUGCACGACGACAAGCUAAGCAGGAGGAACUCAAGAGGCUACACAGAGCACAGAUCAUCCAGAGACAGCUGGAGCAGGUGGAGGAGAAGCAGAGGCAGCUUGAAGAGAGGGGUGUAGCUGUGGAGAAAGCCUUAAGAGGGGAAGCAGGAUUGUAUAAAGGUACUUAUACAUUACCCAAACAGCACAAAAGAAGAUCAGACUAUUGGGGAGAUUCUAAUUACAGUGAAAUCCUGGACUUGCAUCUGGGCGGCAUGGGCAAGAAGGACGAUCCUAAACUAAUGCAAGAGUGGUUCAAGCUGGUGCAGGAGAAGAACGCCCUGGUCCGGUAUGAGUCAGAACUGAUGAUAUUUGCCAGAGAGCUGGAGCUGGAGGACCGGCAGAGCCGACUGCAGCAGGAACUCAGGGAGCGAAUGGCUGUUGAAGACCAUCUGAAGAACGAAAAGGAGCUUGCUCAAGAGAAACAGAUCCUGAAUGAGAUGUUGGAGGUGGUGGAGCAGCGUGAUGCCCUGGUGGCCCUCCUGGAGGAGCAGAGGCUUCGGGAGAAGGAAGAAGACAAGGACCUGGAAUCUGUCAUGCUCUCCAAAGGCUUCAACCUCAACUGGGCUUAAAAGGAGUGAAGCUCAUUUCAUCUUGGGAAAAUUCAAAUUAUGAUAGGCGCUCUCUACCUUGCACAGUCAUUUAUUAUCAGAAUAGUCUGCUGAACACCGACGCAGGCAGUUGGUCUAAAACUGUCACACCUGCAGCAGUGAAUGUGUAAAGAUUCCCCCGACACACACACCAUGGCUGCCCCCGACAUCUCAGUUGAAGCAGCCUGUAACGUUUACAUAUCCUCUGCCCUGAGGCAGUCUUAGUUAAUCACUUUGUCUCUCUCUCUCUCUCUGCGUUUGGACAGCCGCAUACAUUCACAACUUUAUCAUCACAGACUUGAAAUAGAACCUCUCGAACAGGGAGGGGGACACUUUGGGAGAAUGUUUAAAGACUUGUUUCAUUAUCUAAAGGGAAGAAUGCAGUUUGGUCCUGCUGAUGUAAAGGAAUUGUAAAGAAUUGUGUUUUUUGUGUAUAGUUGUGUAGAACAAGUCACAUUUACAGCUGAUGAGGGUUCUCUUUUUCCAAAAAGGACAGUUACAGAGUUAAUGUCCUAGAGUGGCAUGUCCAGUUUCAGUCUCAGAUCCUCCUCUUCAGUCGGACUGUAGGACGGACAUCCUCUGCUGAAGCUGCCUUUCUAUCCAGUGACAAACUGACCUCCUCAUCCUAAUGAAUCACAAAGAUACAAUGGAAGGCUCUUUUUUUUUCUCCCCUUGCAGUGUUUUGUGAGUCAACACUAAGAAUCCAUUAAAUAUGACCAUGUGUUUUUUU